CCCCGACCUCUUCUUUCUCCACCGACCUUCUUCUCCCCUUCCGUUUUUCUUGAGGUUUCUGGCGUCUUCUCGUGAGUGUAUGGCAGUGAGCUUGCGGUCUCAUGAGGUGUCCGACCUUUGCAUCGGGAAGCCGGCGCUGAAAUCGCUGCCGCUCUCCGCCACCGCCGGCGACGCGCUCCUCGCCCUGAAGAAGGGAGGAGACACCUGCCUCGGCGUAUCUGCCGCCGACCGGUCCUCGCCGGAAAGGAAGCUAAUCGCCGGGAAGCUCUGCGUGGUGGACAUCCUCUGCUUCCUCUGCGUCGACGAGAACCUAGAUUCUCCUGUCGACGCUCUCAAGAAGCCCAUCUCCGACCUUCUUUCAAAGGACGCCGCCCUCGUCCGCCGGGUCGAGUCCCAUUCGAGUGUAUUAGAAGCGCUGGAUGUGAUCCUCGACGGGGCUUCGUGCCUGGUGGUCCCCAUCCGCUCCGGUGGCCGGAGGAAGCUCCACCACCACUCCGCCGGCGGCGGCGGCGGCGGUGGCGGAGGGGCGGAAUUCUGUUGGCUGACGCAGGAGGAUUUCGUCCGCUAUUUCUUCAACUCCAUCGCCCAUUUCGCCCCCAUCGCCGCCCAUUCCGUAUCCUCCCUCGGCCUCGUCCGCUCCAACGUCCUCGCCAUCCAGUACGAUGACGCCGCCCUCAACGCCCUCCCCCUCAUCCGCCGCGCUCUCGCCGACCAGACCUCCGUCGCAGUCAUCACCGACGACGGCAAGCUGGUCGGCGAGAUCUCCCCCUCCACCCUCGCCGCCUGCGACGAGACGGUGGCGGCCGCCCUCGUCAUGCUUUCCGUCGGGGACCUCAUGGCCUACAUCGACUACUGUGGCUCGCCACCGGAGGCCACCGUCCGAGCGAUCAAGGCCGGGCUGAGGGAGAAAGGCUUCAAGGGGAUGCUGGAGCUGAUGGAGGAGGAGCUCUUCUCUCCCUUAUCCUCCUCAUCGUCGGAGGACGAGGAGUCAGCUGGGAGGAAGCUGAGGAGGGUGAGAUCGAUGGGGAUGCAGAGGAGCUCGGAGGAGGCGAUCGUGUGCUACUCGGAGAGCUCGCUGGUGGCGGUGAUGGUGCAGGCGCUGGCGCACCGAGUAAACUACGUGUGGGUGGUUGACGAAGAGGAUUAUAGCCUUUUGGGGAUCGUCACCUUUGCGGACGUUCUCAAGGUUUUCCGGGAGCAGUUGGAGCGUCCCCAGGGGUUUUAGAUGGGAAAGAAAAAAAUAGAAACGGAAGACCUGCUUCUUUUGAUUGGUUUUGUGUUUGUAUUAUUGUGUAAUAUUUUCUGUCCUCUCGGUUUCGAGAGGUUGAUUUUGUUUAGUCUUUGUUAAGGCUUGGACUUUUCUGCUCCUGGGAUUCUCAUUUUCGCUGUAUCGAUCGAUUGGGUGGGACUCACCCAUCUUCUUCUGAUUUUAUUGUAAUAAUUUAUUGAAGGUCUUGGAAUUCAUUGCAGUCCGUUUAUUCGGUUGUGAAAUGAA